GAACAAUUUCUCUGAUAUCGAUAAAUCUAUGCAAUUGGAAUAUCUUGGCUUGAAGGAAAAAAAAAUCCUGAUAUCAUAUAAUGGCGACAAGCGUAUCUGCAGUUUAUCUCAACGUCGUUGAUGCUGUUGUCAAUAAAUUGCGCGAGGAGUUCAUCAAUGAAGGUGUCGAUGAGUCUGUUCUCACCGAGCUUCAAGGGCUAUGGGAGUUAAAAAUGGUGCAAUGUGGAGUUAUAGAUGGUCCUAUAGAAAGAAACUCUGCUUCCAGGGGAUCUGGUGUUCCAACCCCAGUGCAUGAUCUGAAUGUACCAUAUGAAGCGACAGAAGAGUAUGAAACUCCGACUGCUGAGAUGCUCUUUCCACCGACUCCUUUACAGACACCCAUACAGACACCUUUGCCUGGAGAACCUGGUGGAUAUCAAUACAUUCCUGGUGGUAAUGCCGAAUAUGGGGCAGUUUCUGAUUCAGGGCCUGCUGCAGAUAUUAAGAUUAGAAAGCCUGCUCCUUACAUGCAGCCACCGUCUCCAUUGAUGACUCAAAGACCUCUUGGGGUUGAUGUUAAUGUCGCCUAUGAGGAAGCAAGGGAGGAGGAUGAAGGAGGAGGAAUGUCUCAACCACAGCCUCCCAUGAAGGAUUUUUUCAUGAUGACUUCUGGCAAACGGAAGAGAGAGGAGUACCCUCCACAUUUACUUCCAAAUGGAUAUAUUCCUCAGCAAGAUGGGUCAGCAGAUGUCUCUUUGGAUUGUUUUUCCCAAGCAACGGUUCCUACGCUGAAGAACUCAGCAAAUGAAGAUCAUUCAGAGACCCUUGAUGACAGAUUAAAGAUUCAAGAAAGAAGGAAUGCUGAUGAUACAAUUGCUUCAAUAAUUAAAAUGAGGCAGGCUUCUGCAACCAUUCCACAGCAUGAUGGUUACGAUGAUAUCUAUAAUGAUGGAGUCCGCACGGAAGACUACAAUACACCAUCAUACUAUGAUGCACUUCCUGGUAAUGAAGUGGGAACACCAAAGCCAACAAAAACUGAAGCAUUAGAAGAUGAUGAACCACCUCUAAAUGAAGAUGACGAUGACGAGUUGGAUGAUCUGGAUCAGGGAGAUGAAGAGCCCAGUAUAAACCACCUGGUAUUGGCACAAUUUGAAAAGGUAAGUAGAACCAAGAGCAGAUGGAAAUGUAUUCUCAAGGAUGGGGUUAUGCGGCUGAACAAUAAAGACAUCCUAUUCACAAAGGCCAAUGGAGAAUUUGAUUUCUGAAGCUGCUUAUGAGAAGCAUG